AUGGGUCGUUCGGGGCAUUCAGCCGCGUACUUCGAGCGCACGCCGGAGGUGGACGAAUUCCUCAGCGAAUUCACCCGAGUGCGCUCCUGGUACCUGCUGGAAACGGCUCGCGCGGCAAAGAUUCUACGCAACAGGGCCGCCGAGGCUCCGUACCGCAGGCUGCCAGAACAUAAUCCGGUAGCCGGUCACGAGGAUGAGGUCCCAAAUGACGAGAUGAUCGACGCCGCCCAAGAAAUGGCGAAGGGGAAGUCGAUAAACCUGGAUGCGUUUAUACGCCUGGUCGUCUCCCAUCACGAGCUAUGCGACUCGUUCGACGAUAACGCCAAUGCCACCAUACAGCCCAGGCGCUUCGAGCUCUAUCAGAUCAUGAUAAACACCACAAUAAAGAAUCGCAAAGCCACGAAGCGUGUGGAAAGCACAGAUCUGAAGUCGGCUCUCAGGGAGGCCGAGGAGAAACGCUACCAGCGCCUGGUCUCCGACGUCAGCAAGAAGCUCAAAAGAGACGACUUGACCGCAAGGCAGUACAAGCCUCCAAUCAUGCUGGGACGCUGUAGAAGGCUUUCAUCCGAAAGCGAGACCCAACUUCUUCGCGUUCUCCAUCGCAAGCAACGCCUCCUUCUUCACCUGCCUGUGCUGCGAUUUGACACCCAUGAUGUGGCCACCCCAGCGGCGACGCAACUCAACGUUGUCAUUGAACAUCGCCGUGAAGGUCUUCACCAUGGCCUCAAACUCCGCCUGGUCCUCCUUGCGGAUGUUGUCAAUGGCGACCACAGCGGCGGUCCUCUUGUGUACAAGCUUUCCGAGCCUACUCUUGCCCUUGAUGAUGCAGUAAGGGACCUCCUUCUUGCGGCAGAGAGUUGGCAACCACAAAACCAACUCAAGGGGGUCGACGUCGUGAGCGAUAACGACCAACUUGGCCUUCUUGUACUCGACCAAGUUUGUCACGUGGCUCAAACCGCUCUUCAACAUGUAGGGCUUCUUGGAGACAGCCUCUUGGCCCUGCGCAAUUGCAUUGGCGUCGGCCAACAGACGAGCAGCCUUCUCCUUGCGGGUUUCAGGCUUGUACUUGUUGAGCAGCUUCAGCAACUGGUGAGCCUGGCUCUUGUCAAUAGUGUAGCUGAACUGGUUAAUGGCCGGGGGGAUCUUAAGACGCUGGAGAAGUACGCGGCGCUGGCGCUGAAUACGCACGUACUUCGGCCAUUUGACGUAACGCGAAAGGUUUACACGGGGGCGGAUGGCACCGCCAAUGUGGUAGCUCUUGGGAGCUUCUGCUACAAAGCAAUCAUGGCGUUCAUCCGUGUGCUCAAGAGCAAGGCCUACUUCAAGCGGUACCAGGUCAAGUACCGCAGGCGAAGAGAGGGGAAGACGGACUACUACUGUCGCAGGCGUAUGGUUCUGCAGGACAAGAACAAGUAUGCAUCGCCGAAGUACCGAUUUGUUGUGCGUUUCACCAACAAGCGCAUCAUAUGCCAAAUCAUCUCCGCAACUAUCGUCGGUGACAAGGUGCACGCUUCGGCUGACUCAACCGAGCUCAAGCACUACGGCGUCAAGGUCGGAUUGACCAACUACGCGGCGGCGUACUGCACUGGGCUCCUGCUUGCACGCAGGCUUCUCGCGCAGCUCAAACUCGACAACCAAUUCGUCGGAAAGGAGGAGGCCGACGGUGAAUCCUUCCACAUCGAGGAGGAGGACCACGAAACGAGGCCAUUCAAGGCCUUGCUCGAUGUCGGUAUCAAGAUUGUCACCACCGGUAACAAGGCGUUCGGCGCCCUUAAGGGAGCGUGCGACGGUGGACUCCACAUCCCCCACAGUGAGAAGAGGUUCCCUGGUUACUCUGUAGGAGACGACAAGCAGGCCAACUACGAUGCCGAGGCGCACCGCGACCGCAUCAUGGGUGUCCAUGUAGCGAACUACAUGCGCGAAAUGAAGGAGGAGGACCCUGAAAAGUACGAGAAGCACUUCUCCGCCUUCCUCAGGGAGGGAAUCAACGAGGACAACAUCGAGGACAUGUACGUCCGCGCGCACGCCGCAAUUCGCCAGAACCCAAUCCUCCCGAAGGAGAAGAAGCAGGCGCCACCCAGGACGAUCAAGGGACACACCGUCAUCACCGCCGAGGGCAAGACAUACGUUCGCAACAAGAAGAUCACCAAGGAACAGCGCAGAGAGAGGGUCAGGCAGAAGAUGCUCAUGUGCGUCCAAGCCCAAGAAUAA